CGACUUUUUCCUCAACCACCCCCCAACACCAACAAACGAUGGCUUCAACUCGAUUGUGCUCACGACUACUGCUGAUCAACAAGAGGACAUCGAGGAACUUCCCAGCAGUCAUCUCAAGAUCGAUCAAGCUUUCAUCCAGCAGCACCUACUCGGAGAAUGACCCAUUCAGCGUCGUCGACAGAUUGAACGGAAACCACCCCAAACCAGCAUCACUUCCACAACAACACGCCAAACGCGCCACCUACUCAUCCCCAUCCAACGCCGUCCCGCUCUCAUUGACGACCGAUUCGCCCGGCCAAUCCAGUGCCAUCGAGGCCCAUCCUUCCACAUCCGCCCAAGACUUACAUCCUCUCCCCUCCUCCACUCACAUCCCUGAAUCGAGCUCUACCACUACCUCCAAUAAUGAUCAGCAGGCCGCUUCUUUCCAGGCUGACGACCUCGGUGACGCUACCGUCGAUUGGAGUCGCAGCUUUAGCGGCCUCAGUCUCAAACCUUUUCCCAAGGAAGCCUCCGAUAUUCUGAUGGCUCCUAUCGACCCUAUGGAUGUCGAAAUCAAACCGGAUGGUGUGGUUUAUCUUCCUGAGAUCAAGUAUCGAAGGAUCCUUAAUCGUGCGUUUGGGCCCGGUGGAUGGGGAUUAGCACCACGUGGAGCCUCGCACAUCACCUUGAAGAACGUCUCGCGAGAAUACGGGCUAGUCUGUUUAGGACGACUAGUCUCCUUAGCCCGGGGCGAACAAGAUUACUACAAUGGGGCCGACAAUAUCCCGACGGCCACCGAGGGUUGCAAGUCGAAUGCGUUGAUGCGCUGUUGCAAGGAUCUCGGGAUCGCCAGCGAGCUGUGGGACCCUAAUUACAUCCAAUGGUGGAAAGCUAAAUUCGCCGCUGUUGACUGGGUCGCUCCUACCGGUCUCUCUUCUGGCGGCAAAAAGAAAGCGGUGUGGAAGAAGAAGAGGUUGGAAGAAUGGACACCCAGAUUGCCGUCCUCGUCCACUUAGGAAAUAAGAAUCACUGCUGGAUUUAUCAGUCACUCUGAUCAACCUCGAAUGCAGUAGUAUCCGUACAUAUCAUUUCGCUUUUCUGUUCAUAUUCUUCUCUCUUUUUUUUUUCUCUCUCUCUCUCUAGUCAAGUUCAUCAUGAUCAAAACUUUUGCAAAUUGUUCCUGUUUGUUUUUUUGCAGUCUUUGUUCAAAUGAUCAUAUCAACUAAACCAUAGAAUGUUUCUUUUUUUUCAAACUAAUGGCAAGAAAAAAAAAUACACCAUCCCCUGAUUCUAUCUUUUCUUUAACUUUAACUUUGACUUUCCUUUUUUUUUUCUGUCUGUCUCGAUGAAUAGAGCGCAACUCUUUUGGAAAAAGAAAGCACUUAGUAGUGCACACUUCCAAUUCAAUCUGUACUAGCUCUAUCUAUUUGGAUGUUCAUCUUUAGAUUUAGUAAUCGUC